GCAUCAAACCCUAGCUCCAGAAACCAGUCAUGUCGUCCAAGCAAGGAGGAAAGGCGAAACCUUUGAAGCAGCCCAAAGCUGAUAAGAAGGAAUACGACGAGCACGAUAUGGCUAACCUUCAGAAGAAGAAGGACGAGGAAAAGGCACUUAAAGAACUAAGAGCCAAGGCAUCACAGAAGGGAUCUUUUGGAGGCUCUGGACUUAAGAAGAGCGGCAAGAAAUGAUUUGUUUCCGUUCUAUCCAUAAGCCUGUCUUUGACAGUGCAAAUUUAUCAACUUCAAAAAAAUAACAAAGAUAAUCGUGUGUUGUGUAACUUCUAUCAUGUCCGUAGGAGAGUGACUUUACUUCUCCCAUACAUAUGUUUACUUUCACCACUUAUUUCAUGAAAUGGAAAAAUGGUUUUUAU